AUGCCUCCAAAAGCAGUGAAACCAACCAGCGACGAGCUUCUUGCUCAGUUCGACAACCUCGGCGUCGACAAGGCCGCCGAGAAAGCACCCAAGCCAGCCCCAGCACCCGCUGCGCCGGCGACCGACAAUGCCAAGUCAGAGCAGGAGGACAUCCUCGCGGAGCUGGACCACCUAGCUACACAGCGUCCGGGCAGUGGCACAGGGACUCCGCGUCUCUCGUCGGACAAGCCUCGGCCUUCUGCCCGGUCGCCUCGGCCCAGUGCGACAAUCGACCGACCCAGCGAAGACAAGCCGCAGUCUGAGGAAAUAGGCCGGUCUUCUCGUACUGGAGCCAGCCAGGGUCAGCCGAAGCCUGAGUCUGAACAGCCAGCUGCCCAGGAGGAGUCAGACCAGGGUGGUGGCUGGUGGGGCGGGCUGUUUGCUACGGCCAGCGCGGCUACCAACGCAGCCAUGAAGCAGGCCGAGGCGGCUGUCAAGGAGAUCCAGAACAAUGAAGAGGCUCAGAAAUGGGCCCAGCAAGUCAAAGGCAAUGUGGGAGCCUUGAGGGAUUUCGGUGGCGAGCUUAGCAGCAUGGCAAUCCCGACCUUCACCAAUCUGAUCCACACGAUUGCGCCUCCCAUCUCUUCGCACGAACGUCUUCAGAUCCAUGUCACACACGACCUCUCGGGCUACCCGGGGAUCGAUCCGCUGGUGUACACCGUGUUCUCGCGAGUGAUGUCCCAAGUCGAGGGCGGGGAUCUGCUGGUCAUCCAGCGGGGCCAGGAGUCCGCCCCUAAGCGCGGCCUCGACGUGGGCGGAUACAUGUCGAGCACGAGCUGGAGCGAUGGGCCCUGGUGGCGGACGGUCACCCCGGGAACUCCGCGCACUAUUUCUGCCGUGCCCGGUACGGUCGAGGCAUCCAAGCUGGCCCGUGCCAGCGCCGAGUCCUACGCGAUGGAAUACUUCUCGUCCCGCGGUGGAAUUGAAGAGGCGGCGAAGCAUGCCACCGAGGUUCUGAGCGAAUCGAACCCCGUCCGCAGCAGCGACAUCUUCUUGGCCAUUCAGGCCAUCAGCCAGACUGCCUCGAAGGAGCUCUUCCAGGCGAGCGCGACAAGAGAGAAAGCAACAACCCCCGGCGUGGUGGACGUCCCCGAGCCGGAGGAAGAGAUCGCAUUCGCGCUGUACCUGCACGACCCCAUCCACGGCAUCGCCUUCCACACCAUCUCCCAGACGCUUCCCCAGAAGUGGAUUGAGUGGCUCGAUGCGUCGGCGCCAGCCACCGAGAACCCGGACACCGAGGAGGCUCAGGUGCCGCGUGCCGUGGUGCCCGAAGACAUCGCCGAGAUCAUCGAGACUGGCGGCGUGGACCCACGUGAAUGGGUUGCGGAAUGGAUCGAGGAAACCUUGUCGUUGGCCACGGGAGUCAUUGCGCAGCGCUACGUGGCCCGCCGCAUGGGCGUCGGCGAGGCUGGUCUUGCCAAGGGCAAGAUGCGCGCCGAGCAGGCGUCCACUGUUGAGAGCGGCGCGGGUGAAGCGGCGCGUGCGAUGUAA